GAGCCCGGACAGUGUGUUGACGUGGUGACGCUAACAGAGUUUAGGUGGAAAACAUCCAGAUGUUCACGAGUCAAAGUCACUGGAACUGUUCUGCUGAACGUGAGCAGUCAUGCUGGACUUCGCCAUCUUCGCCGUCACGUUCGUCAUCAUGUUAGUCGGCGCGGUUCUCUACUUGUACCCGUCAUCCAGAAAAGCCUCUGGCAUCCCAGGUCUUAACCCUACAGAUGAAAAGGAUGGCAACCUGCAGGAUAUCGUGAACCGAGGCAGUCUGCACGAGUUCCUCAUGAGUCUGCAUCAGGAGCACGGGUCUGUGGCGUCGUUCUGGUUCGGUGGUCGGCCGGUGGUCAGCCUGGGCGCCGUGAACCAGCUGCAGCAGCACAUCAACCCCAACCACACCACCGACUCCUUUGAGACGAUGCUGAAGUCGCUGCUGGGUUACCAGUCAGGGAUGGGAGGCGGGGCCACUGAGGCCAUGAUGAGGAAAAAGGUGUAUGAGAGCGCCAUCAACAACACACUGGAGAACAACUUUCCUCUCGUGCUCCAGCUGGUGGAGGAGCUGGUCGCAAAGUGGAAGUCGUUCCCAGUGGACCAGCACACCCCACUGUGCGCCCACCUGCUGGGCCUGGCCAUGAAGACCGUCACUCAGCUAGCUCUGGGCGAGCGCUUCAAAGAGGACGCAGAGGUCAUCUCCUUCAUCAAGAACCAUGACGCGAUCUGGUCAGUAAUCGGAAAAGGCUACUUGGACGGCUCCCUGGAGAAGAGCACCAGCAGAAAAGGACACUAUGAGAAAGCUCUGUCAGAGAUGGAGUCUGUGCUGCUGUCAGUGGCGAAGGAGAGAAAAGCCCAGAGAAAGCAAAAGGCGUUUGUUGACGCUCUCCUUCAGUCCAGCCUCACAGAGCGACAGAUCAUGGAGGACUGCAUGGUUUUCACUUUGGCUGGAAGCGUCAUCACUGCCAACUUGUGUAUCUGGGCACUUCACUUCCUGUCCACCUCAGAGGAAGUCCAGGACAAGUUGUACCAGGAGCUUACAGAAGUUUUUGGUUCGGCUCAAGUUUCUCUGGACAAGAUCCCUCAGCUUAGAUACUGCCAGCAGGUCCUCAAUGAGACGGUGAGGACAGCCAAGCUGACCCCGGUCGCGGUUCGGCUUCAGGAAGUGGAGGGCAAGGUUGAUCAACACGUCAUCCCCAAAGAGACUUUGGUGAUUUAUGCUUUGGGAGUUGUCCUGCAAGAUUCUGACACAUGGAGCACCCCCUACAGGUUCAAGCCAGAUCGCUUUGAGGAGGAUUCAGUCAGGAAGAGCUUCUCUCUGCUCGGCUUCUCGGGGAAUCAAACGUGCCCAGAGCUCAGGUUUGCCUACACUGUGGCCACCGUCCUGCUCAGCACGAUGGCGCGGCAGCUGAAGCUUCAGAAGUUGAAGGGACAAGUCAUGGAGGUCAGAUCUGAGCUGGUGUCCACGCCUAAAGACGAGACCUGGGUCACCGUCAGCAGGAGGAGCUAGAACUCGUCUUUAAACACCGCCGGUGGGCAGAAGAGCUGAAGAGUCCAAUUAUUAUUUUACGUGACAGUAAUUAACACUAAAAUUAGCAUCAAUCUUGAGGGACCUUUCUUAAUUUGGAGGAUUUUUAGCACUCCAGUUGCACCACCACUGUUUUCCUGGUUGAAUUAUUUUUUCAGCCGAAGCCUGAAGCACAUCAUUACCCUCUCUCCCCACAGAUCAACUCUGCACUUGUUGAAAGACUGUUAAAAUAUCAGUAUUUUAAAUAUUCUAAAAUACACUUUAUGCUGCCAGAUGUUUGUUUUUUAUAAAUCCAAGUACAAGUGCCUUGAAUCAGAGGGAGGUGUUUGUCUAUUAACAUAAGCCACAUUGUCUUUAAACAUUUCAUUUCGUUUUUUGUAAAAACAUCUGAAAUAAAUUAAAUACAUAUGAAGA